AUGGAUGGAAGUCAAGCAAAAAAUCAAACAGUAAGUCUUCAAUCAAAAUUCGAUUUCCAAACUCGAUUUCAGUCAAAAACAAAAAGUAUAUGUAGUUAUUGCGAAGAAAGUAAAUAUCAAAGUGAUAUGACAGAUGUUCCUCGAUCAAAAGAUAUGAGACAAAAAUGGAUCGAAAUUCUUGGAUAUCGGUUCGCAGAAAACACGAAGUGCAGAAGAUUUCCAAGAAUUUGUAGAUCACAUUUCAAUGUUGAAAACGAUUUGAACUAUCGAAAACCGCAAGAACUUCCAAUAAAAAUGAGCGAAGAGGAAGAAGAAAACGUGGUGAGAAAUAAAGUGAGUUGAGACUGGGGUUAAACAGAAAUGCUACUCACAGUGUGUAUUUAAUUAGACCAAAUCGCUAGUCCCCAAGUUUUAACAUCGAUAAUUUUUGUCGAAUUUAACAUUGACCCUAACAUAAGAUUGCGUCAGAUCUCAAAAAAUAUAGGGAAAAGCCUUUUUGUUUUAAAUUACCCACUGUAUUAUUUAAUUAUUUUUGGAUCAUAUGUCAACAAAUAAGAAGAAAAAGUUCGAACCUGAACAAAUGUUGUUAUUGUGAGGAACGUGACGAAUCUUCAAAUAUGACACGAGUUCCGUCAAAUCAAAUUACUCGUCAAAAAUGGAUCGAUAUUCUUGGAAAACGUUUCGCGAAAAAUUUGAGCAAGAUUCAGCAGGGUUUGAUUUGUCGAGCACAUUUUGAAGGAAAUUUGAAUGUUCGGAGGAGAACGUAUCAACUUCCAAUCAGAAUGGGUCGAGAAAAUGAAUUAAAUUAUUACGGGGGAAAUAUUUCAGAAAACUCGAGCGAAAACGAAAAUCAUCGUGUUGAAAUAGUUGUGAGUUUUGAGAGAAUCAAAGAAGAUAUGAUAUUUGAGAACAAAUUUCAGGAAAACGAAAGUGACGAUAUGGAAUUUAUAGAUGUGGUGACAGUUGAAAGAGAAGAAAUGGAAACGGAACAAAAUGAGAACUUGAAUUUUCAGCAAAAUUUUAUUAUCGAAAAGGAUAGCAAUAAUGUGUUGGAAAAUAUUGAGAGGCCAGAAGAAAUUAUGAAUAAUGAAAUAGAUAAAGCUGAUCAUCAUCAAUCAGUAUGUGUUUUACUGAAAAUGGCUCGGAAACGGAGUUAGAGCACUUUUAAAAAUAUUCAAAUUCUGAAAGAUGUGGUCGAGAAAUGUCGGGAAUUCGGCCAAAGCAAUAAAGGCGCUCUAACAAUGAGGAUUUUCGCAUUAUUAGAGCGAGUUUGCUGCCCCAGCCGAAUUGCCGACAUUUUUCGGCCACCAAAACAAAUAGUUCGGCCACAUUUUAUUUUUUUUAGAAAAAUGGCGACUUGGAAAAUCGAGAUUUGUUGUCAGUAAAAAUAGAACAAGAUGAAGAUUCGGUAUGUUUUUAUUUUCAAGUUUCAUAAAAUCUUUAAAUUUUUCAGCUAACUGGUGAAAAUCGUGUGAAAAUUGAAGCUCAGCAAUUAUGUGAGCCAGAAGAUGAGGGUAUUCAAAUAAUUGUUCCAAUAAAAACGGAAAACUCAAUUAACACAUCAGAAUGUCGUGUUUGUGGAAUAAUUUCUGAUGUCAAAUCAAUGACUCCGAUCCCGAAAAAAACAUCAAUUCUUUUGAAAUGGUUUAAAAUACUUGGAAGUGUCUUUUUUGACAAUAUUAAUUCAAACAAUUCUCCACAUUUUAUUUGCUAUUUUCAUUUGAGACACAUUUUGGACCAACUUUGCAAAGAAUUUUAA